AGAAAGGAGACUGACUGAUUAUUACUCCUUUUCUGUCAAUCUAAAUCGCGAUUUUCAAUCCUCUGUGUUGCUGUUCGCACGAACCGAACUGUUGCUUUUGAUCCAUCUUCGCCACGGUCGCUCUUCUAAAGCGUGCAUGGAUGUGCUUUGCAAGAGAGGUGGUCUCGGCACCGAUGGUGUGUUUCGCAAGAGAGGUGGUCUACUACGUUCGACACCAUCUCAGAUCGUAGCAACAACGAUGGAAAGCCUAGUGCUACAAUGCUACGCACAACGACCGGAACACUCUUCUCUGUGAAGGCAACAUGAUCCGCAGCGUUUU